CCGCCAUGUCGUACGGAGCGCUGGGGGGCGCCAUGUUGUACGUCCUGCCGCCGAGCGGGCGGUUUGGCGCGCGGCGGUUGGGUUUGAACGGCGAGGCGGCGGCGCCCUGAGGGCAGUCCAUGGGAGAGCGAGGUUAUGAGGAAUAUUAACCUGGUAUUCAAAGCCUUGCAUUUUGUUGUGCUCUGCAGGAAACCUUAGUACUGCAUUUUAGAUGAAAAGUACUUCCAACAGAAAUGGACAAGAUUUAUACAGACCCUAACAUGGAAAAUGAUAAUACAGAGCACAUGAGAAGAAGGCGACUGUCCUCUAUUUUAAAGGCUCCACGAAAUCCUCUUGAUGAUUUGGGAAACGGGAAUGAACUCACUCAGGAUAUCAAUAUAGAAAAACGUAGGAAAAACUCCCGACGUGUCAGCUUUGCGAACACCAUAAACUGCAGAGUCUUCCAGCGAGAUCUUAAGAAUAAUGCAGCAGAAAGAGAAAAUGAAGAGUGUGCAGCAGAUACAGGGAAUCAUGUCCUACUUAAUCAAAAUGAAGAACCUGAAGAUGUUCCAUGUGAGAUCACUGGGAUGAACACUUUACUUCAUGCCCCUAUCCAGGCAUUGGUGCAGCAGACUGAGUGCCAUGAUGUGGACAACGCCACUCAAAGAACAAAUAGGCAUGACACAACACUCAUCUUUUCAGAUGAAAAUGAAAUGGAAAUGACAGCUAGUCACACUGCAGUGAUUGCACGUAACCUGAAAAACAAUGAAACUGACAAAACUGAGAAAAUAGAUAUCACAUCAUUUCUGGCUGGGUUAAACUCUAACAGUGGAAAGGCAGAAAUGAGUAAAGAAUUUCAUUUCUCUGUUGAUCCUACAAACCGUGUGUGCCCAUCUUUUGAACAGAAGGAAGAUGCUACUGCGGUAAAAAAAAUAAAUUUCAAUGAAUUUUUGAUACGCUUGAAAUCAAAUGAAAAAGCACUCAAUCCUAUUGAAGGACCUGAAAAAGAAAACCUUUUUUGUGUCUCUUCACAAGUCUCAGAAGACAUGGCACGAUCAUCGGUGGAAUCUGAUUAUUCCCAUGAACCACUGGCCACCAUCAAUGUAACAAAAAUCUUUAGAGAGCAAGAUGAUGGAAUGGAAGUGACAAAAUGCCAAGCAUCUGAUGUUAAAAAUAUGCGUUAUGGUAUUUGUGGGGCUCCACCAGAGCAAUUACCGUGUCCAGAUGUUACUGAGGCAUUUGCAGAUGAUGGAAUGGAUAUGACAACUAGUCACACUGCAAAAAUGUCUUUUCCUUUUGCCAGUGUUGGAAAUCAAAGUCUAAACUUCAAAAAGGAUUUCCCAUCCAUGGAGACAGAUAAUUAUUCUGUAGUAAAGAGAGCAUCUCAUCAGCAAUUAAUUGUAAAGCAGGAUCCUCAACUUUGUACAAACAAAAAAACAGUAAAUGUUGAAGACACUGUAGAUACUACAGUGCCUCAAACUUUUAAGCAAGAGACCAGGGCUUUGUCUGCUAUCCCGGGAUCUGUUUCUUCUGAGACUGUCUUCCGAGGUAAUAAAACUGUUUUUUCGGAAUGUGGUGACAUGGAAAUUACUGGGAAUUACACAUAUGUAAUCUAUAAUGAAAAUGCCAAAGGAAUGAGCAGUUCAUGUCAUAAAACUUUUGAGAAAACAGUUAAUACAAACUCUUUGCCAGUAGAAAGCAGACAUCCAGCACUUGAUGAUGAUACAGAAAGUCUAACAUCUUUAGAUAAUCGAGCUUCUGAGUUACAUAAAACUAAUGCACUUGAACACCUUUCAGGCUCAGAUGGGAGAGCUGAAAGAGUGACCCAAGAUCACAGGACUGCUUCAGUGGAUGUUGGUUUUGAUUCGUGUAGAAAUUCAGUGUCCGCUGGUACCUGUAAGGUGUUUUCAGGAAAAGAUACGGCCUUGACUAAAACUUGUAUUGACAAAGCUGAUGGAAAGAAUGUUGAAAAUGAAUUUCCUCCUGGAGUGUCCAUGUCUGUCACCCGCAAACCACGUUUUCUUGAUAACAGAAUAUCUACAUCUCCCAGUUUAAGUGAGCAGGAAAAAAUGGAAAUAACUAAAUGCCAGACUGUUAUCAUUGAUGAUCAAAGCAUUGGGAUAACUGCAGAAGCAAAACAAAUGCAUGGUAAAAGAAUUCCAGGUGAGAACCACAACAAAAAUGUCAGUGCUGUGGCAAGUUCUUUGGACAGGGACAAGGAAAAUCUUGAGGCAAUUGGUUUUGAUGUGAAUAUGAAAAGAAAACAGCCUAUGGAAAUGAAUACUGAUGAUGUUGAGGUGAUAAUAGUCAAUAAGAAGCUUAGAAAAACAAACUUGCAGGCAAGUGGUCUGAUUUCCUGUGUGAAGAGCGUGUGUUCAUUACAAGAGCAAAAGACAGAAAUCGCAGAAAAUCCUGCCACCACCAACAGUGCAUUCAUGUCUUUGCAAAGUCAAGAAGCUGAUAUAACUCAGCCUUUGAAAAAAACCCUUCAGAAUGCUUCAGUUUCCUGCACAAAUGACAAAACAGACGUGUUUUCAGAUGAUCAAAACAUGGAUGUAACCAAAGCUCAUUCUGUUGCUUUUGAAGUUGCUCCUAUUAAUACAGUACAAGAAUAUGAGAAUAGUCAUAAUCAAAAUAAUGUGAUAUUCAAGCAGCUGCAAAAACAGAUCUCCCGAUUUUCCAAUAAUUCUGGUGUAGAUCCCACUGCAGGUCAGACUGCAGCAAUAGAAUAUAGGGAUUUUAAAAGGAGCUUGGAUAAACAAACUGUUACUCCUUUAUCUGCAAAUGGUAUGUUCAUUUCUAGUAGUGAAACUGCUCCCUCUGGAAAUACAAGAAAUGUACAACCUGCAAAAGUACUAGGUAUAAAUGCAGAUUGCCAGAACUCUGACAGGCAAGUGAAAACCCAUACUGUGAAGGUAGUAGACAAUGCACUGCCAACUCGAGAAGAAUCUGAGAGAGAUUUCCUGAUCAGCAAAACAGUUUCAUCACAAGAGGAUUUGAAAAAUCCUCUGUCAGUCAAUGGCCUGCACUCAGGUAUUGAAGAGAAGUUACGAACUAAUACAUCUGAACAACAGAAGAGAAGUUCCAAGUUGCCUUCCUUUUCAGAAAAGUCUGUUUUAUUUCCCUCUGGUGAAAACAUGGACUUGACUGAAAGCUAUGCAGCAAUUUCUCCUGAUCAAAACAUCCAUAUGAUAUUACCAGGAAGAAAAGCAGCAUCAGUACAUGUUGUUGAAGAUGAAAAUAAAACAUUAUCUUUAAAAAGAGAGGUCAUGAUGACAAUAAACAGUCAGGAGCAGCCUGGGUGCAAUACGUACUCCUUGGUAUCUGGUAAGAAAAUGUUAACUAUGACUGGUUUAAAGCAUUUCGUAGAUGAGAAAACUACCAUAUUUUCGGAAGAUGCUGACAUGGACAUCACAAGAAGUCAUACGGUUUCAGGAGAAAACAAAAUAAUUUUGCUGCCUAAAAGUUCAAGCAAUGACAUACCCUUUGUUUCUGGGGAUAAAACUUGUGUUUUUACAGACAAUAAUGACAUGGAAAUAAGUAGAUUUGAUACUGUUGGAAUUGAUAAAUCUGUGGAAAAGGCUGCAGCUGGAGGGAUGCUUAGCAGAGCUAAUAGGACUGAAAGGAAAAGCUCCAAGGGAACAACAGGGGAAAAGACUGUUUUAUUUUCACAGAGUAAUGAGGAUAAUGACAUGGAGAUCACAGAGAGCCAUACGGCUGCAAUAGGCCAUGAAAUUGUCUCCCAAAAAGAGGUCAGGCUUCAUUCUCUGUCUUCAGCUCAGCCUGUUAAAGCUGUUAAGUUCACAAGUAACCAGAGUUAUGUGGACAUUACUAUGUCUUGCCCUGCUGAUAAAAUUACAGUAAAACUUUUACAUGAUGAUAACUUGAACUUGAAUAAAGAGGUUGAACAGGAUGCUCCUUCAAACAGUGAUGCUACUGUGCUUCCUGUGGAUGAUAUGGAAAUCACUAAAACCCAUAACGUAACUUUGGAAGCAAAUUCUCUGUGGGCUAGGCAACCCAAUCGGUCUGUUCCUCUAUGUUCCACAAUUAUUUUUACAAAUGACAAGGCUGAUAUGGAAAUGACCAGCUAUCUCCCUGAUGAUGAAAGUACUGAAAGAGUCAUGUGUGAGGACAGAGUAAACCCAGCUAAGCAGGUUGGACAGGAGGCUCUUUCAGGUAACAAAACAGUUGUUUUUACUUCUGCUGAGGAUAUGGAAAUCACUAAAACUCAUACAGCUGUGUUAAGAGGUGAUGUGUGGGACAGAGGGUUAGUUCCAGCCAUUUCUGCAGUUCCUGCUGAUCAGACCACUGUGUUUCCACACAAACAAGAUGAUAUGGAAAUAACCGUAUCUCAUACAGUUGCUGUUAAUAACAAUAUGGAAGGAUUUGAGAACCAGCAAGUGUCACGUAAAAGCACUCGACAACCAGGCUUGCAUAGUGCAUCGUUGUCUGCUUGCAGAGAUGAAGUAGAUUCUCUGCAAGUAAAAGAUCUGAAUGGUGAGUAUCUUAAAAAAUCUAAUGAUAACCUCACCACUCCUGCUUCAUCAACCUCAGCAUUUCCUACUGAGAAGGGAGCUGCCAAAGUUCACAGUGGUGCAAUACCAGAUUCCGUUUAUUCUGUCUCACUUCCAGAAGACACUCCGGAUGUCCGGGCACCACAGGAUCUUGACCUUGCCACGGAUAAUUCAGUUCCUGUAAACAGUCAGCAGGAUCUUGUACAGCCAGGAAAACUGAAAUUAAAGAGAGUGCCUUUCAGAUUUCCAGGUAAUGCCCCCUUGGAGUGCAGUGAAGAAACUGGAGAUGUGGUAUCCCGUGUUUCUCUUCCUGUUCAGCAAUCGGAUUCUUUGAAGAGUCCUCCAGAUGGACUUAGUAGUCAGACAAACCAGGUAUUGAAAGAUAAUUCAUCUAGGCAUGAAGAUCUAGAUGCAGUUUUAGCCAAGGAUGGAGCAGUUCCAGUUUCUGACAGCGAAUCAAAGGAAAAUGAGAGGCUGUCAGCUGAAGGGGAAGUACUUCCAACAGACUUCCAAAUAAAAUCUGAACAAACUAAGCAACCUUUGGUCAGUGACAGUCCAAGAGAUCCAGUAGAUCCUACUCUUCUACCUAAAUUAUCAGGUAUUUUAAAUGUUUGUUCAAAACUGGAAAAUAUUAGAAGGAAAUCUAUAGUUGUCUCUGUUCCUGAAACUACUGUUUCUGACCAGCUGCAUAAGUUACCAACUCAACCAGAGGAUACCUUGAGGUUAGGAAAAAAUACCAUAAAUGAACAAGAUAAUUUAUUUUAUCCCAAAGAGCAGGAGAAUGCAUGUCUUGAAUCUGGAGCAGCUCCUGUAGGUACGAAUUUAGGUAUGGCACUUAAGGACAAAUAUCAAGGAAUAAAUGUCCCUCUAGGUAUCUUCCAGCCUAAACUACCACGCAGAAGAAAUCCUUCUGUUUCUAACGUGCAAGACAUAAAUGCAAAAUCUUCAGAGAAAGUAGAAGCACUGGUUUCAGAAUUAAACCUAAACACCGGUGAAGCACCAGAUUACACCAAAUCUAGUAGGCAGAACUUCAGCCCUUCUCGGUUUAUAGCAGAAGAAUUUCUUCCCAUAUGCCAAGAAGCAAUGGAUUCGAAUGAUUCUGUAAGCUUUGGAUCUGUGGAAGAUGGUUGCAAUGAGAUAAACAAGAGAAACAUCUCCCACAAUGAACAGGUUAAACGUGAAGAAACAAAAACUUCUUGCAAGAGCACAAAAAGAGCUUUGGAACAAGAUGAGGAGGAUCUUCAAAGUCUAAAGAAGCUCAAGGCAGAAGAAAGCUUGGUUGGUGGGACCUCCCUUGACUUGCAGGUUACUUCUGGCGCUCUGUCUCAAAGCCAAGUAGAUGUUCGUGAAGGUGAAGAUCUUCCAAAUCUAUCAGCUAAAAACCUGGACUGUACUCAAGCCAACAGCAGCAGCUCUCUAGAUUCUGUUAAGGCUGACACAGAAUUAACAAUUCAGCGAUGCAGUCAGAUGGAGUCUCAGCUUCUCACAGACAGCCUCUGUGAAGAUAAUUUAUGGGAGAAAUUUCAGAGUGGUGUUAUCACAGUUGGAGAGUUUUUUACGCUUCUUCAAGUCCAUAUUCCAAUUCAGAAGCCCCGACAGAGCCAUCUUCCAGCCAAUUGUGCUGUCAGUGCACCACCAACUCCAGAAGACCUGAUUCUCAGCCAAUAUGUUUAUCGCCCCAAGCUGCGUAUUUAUGAAGAAGAUUGCCAGGUCCUUUCCCAGAUGAUAGAUGAAUUAAAACAGUAUGUAAGCGUCCAGGAUCAACCACUGGUGAACGUGAAUAAGAGUUUGUGGGAAGUAAUGAGAACCUGCUCUGAUGAAGAGCUGAAGAGCUUUGGAGCAGAACUGAACAAAAUGAAAUCCUAUUUCAUCAAAGAAAGUAAAAUCUUGGCUCACAAUGAGAAAGAGGCAUUAUACAGCAAAUUACUGCAGAGUGCACAGGAACAAUAUGAAAAGCUACAGUCAAGAAUAGCAAAUGUGGAUGAAUUGCUCAAGGAGGCAGAAAGCUGUCUGGCUGAACUGGAAGCAGAUUCUGAAUGGGAAGAUUGUGAGACAGACUGCAGUGAGGAAAUGGCAGAAGAGGACUCUGAAUCAAAAAAACUAGAGGAAGAAUUGGCAAGCCUCAAAGCUCAAGAAGAGGAACUUGAAAGAGAACUGUCAGAUCUGGAGACUGAGAAUGAGCAAAUGUUUGUUCAGUUGAAACAUCUACAGGAAAAAGAAAAAAGCUGCGAGGAACUCCUGGAGAGAUACAACUUCCCUGAGUGGGAGAUUAGUGAAUGGACUGAACAACAGGCAGUCUUUAAUUUUCUUUAUGAUUCAAUUGAACUUACAGUCGUAUUUGGACCCCCAAUAGAUGGUGAUGUUUUUGGUGAAAAUCCUUCCAGAAAGAUAGUUAGCCUGAGCUUUGAAUCUCUCUUGGAUGAGGAAAAAGCUCCACUCUUCUCAUGUUUAGUCCAUAGACUUGUCUUCCAGUUUAUUGAAAGUCAGGGCUGCUGGCAAGAAAAGUGUCCCACACUGCAAUAUUUGCCUCAGGUGCUUCAUGAUGUCUCUUUGGUGGUGAGUCGCUGCAGGAUCUUAGGAGAGGAGAUAGAAUUUCUGGAGAGAUGGGGCGGAAAAUUUAAUCUUCUGAAGACAGAUAUCAAUGACACAAAUUUGAAGCUUUUGUUCUCCAGUUCCACAGCUUUUGCAAAGUUUGAGGUGACUCUGUCUUUAUCUUCCAACUACCCAGCUACUUCACUGCCUUUUACUGUCCAAAAACAAAUAGGAAAUAUUGGACACGAGGAAAUUUCUGCUGUUCUGUCCAAUGUACCAGUUGGUUACCACUAUCUGCGGAGAAUGGUGAGCUUGAUCCAUCAAAAUUUGCUCCAGGAUGCCAGAUGAUUCGCUAGAUCCAAGUGCAGGACUGAAGAAGUCAAACUGGACAAUCUUUGACGUUAGCCUCAUAAGAAUUCAAGGUCUCUCUCACCAGAAUGGGAAUGUUGUUGGCUUCUCAGCUCUCUAGGAAUCUUGUUUAGUACCUGCUUGAUAUCGAGGAUGCUCAAUGUAGACCACAAGCUUUUCUUUUGUACCAAACUAUAAAUGGAGAAGUCUCUGAAGAGGACGAGGAAAAGUUUCUUAACUCUUCUUUUAAUCCAGUCUACCUUUUCUUCUAAUCACCAGUGGUCUUGGCCUCCUUUUAUAGUCUUUCCUAGUAUGAAUAUUCUUCUGACAUAACUUGUUAAUUUUAUUCUGGAUUGAUUUACAGAGCUCUUGCGUGAAACAAUAAUGAUUAUUUUCUAAAUUAACACGACUGGAAUUUCCUUUCAUUAGCAUUACUUCUUCACUGUAUAACACUCUAACAUAUCACAUCAAUUUUGAUCUCUAUCAGUUUCCCAGAACCCUUCCCAAAACACAGAAUGAUAGUCUUGCUUCCGAUUAACCAAAUAACCUGUAAUAAUUAGACAAUUGGCCAAAGCUGAAAAGACUUCGGUCAUGAAGACUACAGAUCUCUGUGCUUGACCAUGGACAUCAGAAUGCAACAGACUUGGAGUCACCAGGUUCAAUCUGUGUGAGCUGUUACAACACAAAGUUCGUUCUGAUGUUCUGUGCGCAGGUCUUCGUCCAGUCCAGUCUCUCUCUUCAUUUUGGUACGUUGUCUGAGGUUGUAAUGAGUUAGAAUUUUAGUGAGGAGACAGCUAUUUAAAUUUAGGAGGCGUCUGUAAUAUCAUUGGUGCAGUCCAGAUUGAUUUUGUAUAUAAUUUAUAUAUUAUGUAGGUUGAGCAGUUGGAAUUGAUAUAAUGCUGAUUGAAUUCAUGGUGUUGAAGCGCCUACCAUUUCUAAGCAAUCCACUCUGUAGGCUGACACCAUUUUUUGUAACUCUGUAAAAUACAUUGAAUUUGAAGAUGUUUUCAUGUGUUUAAAGUGUUGAUGUAUUUUUGUCCUUUUACAUUUUUUUUGUUUCUAUUUGCAAGGUGGAUGUUAAUUAAACAUUUGAAUAACUGUU